AUGGUUACAAUAAAAGAUGUCCGGGUAGUUGUGUGCAACGCAUAUGAAACGUUCCCCUUUGGGGAGGUUCAACAUUCCUGUCCAGCGUUUGGGGAAGGGCUCCACCAAAAGAAACCUUUCAUCAUGAGUAGGAGCCCAGAGAAAAUGUCAUCAUACCGCAGACAAUUUGAGGUCAUCUUGGCCUCACCCUCCAUGUACCAAGUGAGGGUGUCCAGUCCUUCACCCAUCCGUAGGGGCAAUCGCCACAGAUCUGCCAGCCUCACAAAAAGUGCUGGGACAAUGGGGCGAAGGACCAACUCCAGCAAGUCCAGAAUGAGCAGUGCAAACUUGGAAGCACUAUGUUAUGGAAUGUCAAUGGGUUUUGGCCCCAAACUAGACUUGGAUGCUGCAGCAGCUGAAAACCAGGCAUUCAUGCAAACCAGAAGUAGUGAGAGAAAGGAGAUGGUGGCCUUAAAUGAUCGCUUGGCUGUGUACAUUGAAAAGGUGAGGACCCUUGAAUCGCACAAUAAGGUCUUGGAAGCGGAGAUUGAAGCAUUGAGGAGCCGCUAUGCCAGACCAUCAGGCCUGAGGCAGUUGUAUGAGACACAGCUAAAGGAUCUCAACAGAGAAGCAGAGCAGAUGAGAGUCCAAAGGAGUAUAGCAUUGGCAGCCAAAGAAGCGAUGCUGGGACAACUGGAAAUGCUCAAGACCAAAUACAAUGAUGCAGUGGAAGCCAGAAAGCAGACUGAGCAAGAGAUUGAGGCCCUACGUCCAGAUGUGGACAGGGCAACUUCUGGAAGAAUCGCCUUAGAAAAACAGCUUGAAAAUUUGGAGCUGGAGUUGAUGUUCUUACAGAGAGUUCACAAAGAGGAAAUAGAGGAGCUGAUGCAACAAAUAUAUACAACUGUGUCUAAAGUGGAAUUGACUUUUGGCCUACCGGAUCUCAGCACGGCCCUGAGAGACAUUCAGUCACAGUAUGACAGCAUUGCAGCCAAGAAUCUUCAGGAGAUGGAUGCUUGGUAUGGAACCAAAUUCCAAGAUUUGACCAAUGCGUCCAACAAACAUGUGCAAAGUGUGAGAAGUGUAAGAGAGGGAAUUGCAACUUACAAGAAGGAUAUCCUCAACAAGGAGCGAGAACUUGAUUCCUUGAAGACAAAGAAUGAGUUUCUUGAGGCUCAAAUCCGAGAUAUGUCUCAAAAGUACAAAAAGAAAGAGGAGGAUCUUCAGGAGCGCAUAGAUGCUCUAAAUGUAGAUCUGAGAGUGACGAAAGAGAAGAUCGCACUACUGCUGCGAGAUUACCAGGACCUUCUUAACGUCAAGAUGUCACUUGAGAUUGAAAUAACCACCUAUAGGAAAUUGAUUGAGGGAGAGGACAGUCGUCUGAGCUCCAUGGUCCAUAACUUGUCCAUAAAUGGAAAACUGCCCAUCUCUGCCAGUUCAGCAGCAGCCAAAUGUGCUCCGCCUGCGUCUGCUCCAGACAGAGGCAGCCCGGAGAAGCCCGCAGUGAGUGUGAUCGAGAAACGCCAUGUGGAAGUUUCCUCCUCUGACACUCAGACGGACCUGUUGGACCAGGCCACAGAGCUGUCAGAGAGGAAGACUGUCUUGAUCAGAACAGUUAAGACCGAUGAGGACACAAUAGAAAGUGACUCACAAGAACGCACCAUCCUUAUUUCUGGAGCUGCGGACGACACGGAUGAAGAAUAA